CGAGUAUAAUGUCAAGUGAACGUGUCACUGAUACUUUACCGGCCCCUUCAAUUUUCAAUGCUUUUGCCACUAGAACUUGUCCAGAGAGACCGGUGACAACAACGAGAAUAAUUUGACCCCAUGUGAACCAGUCGUGUGUGGAAAAAAUUGGUCAAUUAUUAAGAAAAAUGUCUACAACAAUAAAUAAUUCUGUUGUUUUGGAUUCAACGAAAUUGACUUAUGAAAAAAAAGCCAUUUACGUGCCUUCUCUAGAGGAACUCAAAAAUGUUCUUUACGAAGCAUUAUCGAAAAAUUUCGCUCAAGUUUCAGUGGAUAUUGUCGAUUUACCCGAUCUUAGAAAAUCUCCUUUCAAUUUAAAAGCCGAGGGCAUUUGUGGUAAAACAACUGCGGCACAAAUUGGCGGACUUGACAAUAUGUUUCCACAUCCAAGAUUUGAUAAACUUUAUGACGUGAAAAAAAUUUCAAAACAUCUUGGAUUUAAUGAUGAAACAUUUGUAUUUGGCGCCUCUUUCGGUCCAUGGCCGUUUGUCAAAACCAAGUCAAAGUUGGCGUAUAAUAUGAUUUUAAACGAGAAACCCGAGUCUUCAGGUUCAACAAUAACAUAUCUUGAGGAUGCAGAAAGAAGUGAUAAAUUUCUUUAUAAAAAUCUACCAGCAAAUGAAAUGCGUUUUGCAUUUGCGGGAAAUUUAAUUUACACUGAUGGCAAAAUAGGCGAAACUUUGCGAAUUCAGGUGAAAAAACGUUUGGGUCCUGAUGAUUUUGUUAUUGUUAUGCAACAAGCCUUAGCGAAUCGUUAUUCGGAUAAAAUUGUUGUUUUAGGUGGAGUUUUUGCAGUGACAAAUGGCAAAGUAAGGAUUCAAUUGCCCCUCGAUUAUUCAAAAAAACCAGUAAAUAUUUAUGUGAAAAAUUCUACGCCAUGGUUUUUCAAUUAUGAAGCUUCAAGUCCUUUAAUACAAGUUGGAAGUUUACAAUCCAUCAUUUCUGAUUUCGAAUUUAAUUAUUAUUUUCACACAUUCUCGGAUCAUAAGGAAGGUGGUCAUUAUUUAAAGGACACGACACCCGAAAUUGUAGAAUAUUUGGCAUUCUUUACGCCAGUUGAACAUUUAUUUCGAAUUGAUAAACCGAAAAUAAUUCACAAUCCGUAUUCGCAAGUCUAA